AUGAACGUAGCACAUAUAAGUAGCACCGUAAUAUUUAUCAUAGCAAUAAUUAUUCUCAAUAGUAAAGAAGUAAACAAUUUUAGCGUUCCAAAGGAAGCACGUUCACCUUAUAACGUGACACCCGUGCACUAUCAUAUAGAGAUACUUGACUACACAGUUUCAAAAGAUCAAUAUGCCGAUAGGAAUGCUUUCAUUUUGGACACGACGGUCAAUUUAGAUCGUAGUUAUGGAUCAUUUGUUUUUCAUGGAAAAACCAGUACAACUAUUAAUAUCCUUGAAUCGACUCAACUGUUGCUCGAUCCACACAUCCAAGAGAAUGGAAUGAGACAAUUGUUCCCUUGUUGGGAUGAACCGCACUUCAAGGCCACAUUUAAUAUUUCAAUAUCACAUCCUCGCUUUUAUUCAGCUUUAUCAAAUAUGCCAACAAAGUCACUGACCUAUGAUCGUUAUAGUGAUUUAUUACGCACAAAUUUCCAUAUUACUCCUCCAAUGUCCACUUUACAAGUUGCGAUAGUUGUGACUGAUUAUUAUGGCUUUAAAAUUAACGAAAACAUUACUUUGUGGUCAUGCAUCUGUUAUUCAGUACAGUAUUCUGUCCAAUUGGAGUGUGCACAAAGAAUUAUAACCGAUAUUACGUCGCACUUAAAAUCUGAAUUCAGUGGGAUAAAUAUUCCAAAAAUGGAUCAUGUUGCAAUUCCAAAUUUUCCACAAGACGGCACAUCGAAAUGGGGGCUCAUCUUUCAUACAGAAGCCAAUCUUAUAUGUGAUAAACAAUCAGAUUCAAUUAUGCACCAAAUAGAAGUCGCACGUUUAAUAGCAUCCAAAAUAGCAUAUCAAUGGUUUAGUAACGUAUUCAGUUAUAAUUGGUGGACUCAAUUCUGGUUACACGACGGUCUUGCUACUUUGUUUGGAGAAGAAACCAUCGUUAAGAUCUUCAAUGAUUCUAAAAUUAUGGAUUUCCUCAUAGUGCAGAAUCAAUACGAAUCUCUACAUUUGGGUUCUUACUUUGACAUGAAUCCUCAAAUCAUGAAUCUGCUGGAAAUUGAUUCACUUUUCAGCUUUCCUCGUCAUUUAAAAUCACUAAUUGUUUUACGCAUGCUCCAAAGUGCAAUUACCGAUAAAGUCUUUCGAAAGAAUGUUCAUACAUAUGUAAACAGAUACUCAAUGGUUUCUUUUGAUUUCUGGUCCAUGCAAGAACCUAUAGAAGCAUUUAAAUGUUAUAUACCAUCAGAUAAGUUCUUAACUUGGAUAACGUACAGGCAUUAUCAAAUUGUAACCAUGGAGCAAGCAGAAGCUGAUUCUUACACGGGAAGAUUGUCGCAGAAAAACAUUAUGUCGCAGAAGUAUAAUCCAAUCGGUCAGGGAAGAUGGUGGAUACUUAUAAAUUUAAAAAAUUAUAAAUUACGGAUCACAGAAACAUUGCUCACGAAAAAUUUCACAACAUGUUUAACACCAGAUUCACCAUCUGUUACUUUAUAUGUGCAACAAAUUGAUUGGGCAUAUGAUUGGAUAGUCAAUAUACAGCGAGCAGGAUAUUAUCGUGUCAAAUAUAAUUUAAAAGGCUGGAACGCAAUUGCAAAUUAUUUAAAUUCAACAGCUGGAGAAUAUGAAGGAAUUAGUGUCAUCAAUCGUGCUAAAAUUAUUGAUGACGCAUUUCAUUUGAUGAUGGAAAAUCAGCUCGAUGUAUCUAUAUUUUGGAACCUCACGCAAUUCUUAUCACAAGAGACAAAUUAUGUAGUAUGGUAUCCAAUGAUUAAAGUGUUCGAAUAUAUGUCCACUAUAUUUCCAUUUUCAAAAGACGAAAUUAAGUUCAUCGACGAUAUUAAGGCAAAAUUAAGAGAAUUACUGAAUAAGCCACUAAUGGCAAUACUAUUUGAUAAACACAUAAAGGAAAAUGGCUUUACUGAAUCUUUCAAACAAGAAAUAUUAAAAUGGUCUUGUGCGCUCAAACAUAUUCAGUGCGCAAAAAGGGCCAAAGAUACGUUAGAAGACCAUCUUCAGAAUCCUGAAAUAGAACCAGAAGCCAAUCUUAUAUGUGAUAAACAAUCAGAUUCAAUUAUGCACCAAAUAGAAGUCGCACGUUUAAUAGCAUCCAAAAUAGCAUAUCAAUGGUUUAGUAACGUAUUCAGUUAUAAUUGGUGGACUCAAUUCUGGUUACACGACGGUCUUGCUACUUUGUUUGGAGAAGAAACCAUCGUUAAGAUCUUUAAUGAUUCUACAAUCAUGGAUUUCCUCAUAGUGCAGAAUCAAUACGAAUCUCUUCAUUUGGGUUCUUACUUUGACAUGAAUCCUCAAAUCACCAACCUGUUGGAAAUUGAUUCACUUUUCAGUUUUCCUCGUUAUUUAAAAGCACUAAUUGCUUUACGCAUGCUCCAAAGUGCAAUUACCGAUAAAGUGUUUCGAAAGAAUGUUCGUACAUAUGUAAACAGAUACUCAACGGUUUCUUUUGAUUUCUGGUCCAUGCAAGAACCUAUAGAAGCAUUUAAAUGUUAUAUACCAUCAGAUAAGUUCUUAACUUGGGUAACGUAUAGGCAUUAUCAAACUGUAAAGUUCGAGCAAGAAGAAACUGAUUCUUACACUGGAAGAUUGUUGCAGAUGUAUAAUCCAAUCGGUCAGGAAAGAUGGUGGAUACCUAUAAAUUUAAAAAAUUAUAAAUUACGGAUCGCAGAAACAUUCAUGGAAAAUUUGACAACAUGUUUAACACCAGAUUCACCGUCUGUUACUUUAUAUGUACAACAAAUUGAUUGGGCAUAUGAUUGUAUAGUCAACAUACAGCGAGCAG